ACACAGUGAAUGUCUCUUUACAUUUCAAGUAUCACUCGCGCUACCGACCAGUUGAAAACAUCCUUGCGCUUGGGAGGUGAUCCAGGAUUUCUGUUUGGGAGAGGACGGGGAGACAUCACCAACACUGCUCGACAACCAUGCAAAUACUCGGGAUCCCUUUUUUGCUGUUUUGCCUCAUUUGGGGCCACUCCUGGGCUCUCGGCGGAAAAGUCAACAAGCACAAGCCGUGGAUAGAAACAUCUUACCAUGGUGUGAUCACGGAGAACAUGAACACGGUGCUGCUGGACCCUCCGCUGGUAGCCCUGGACAAGGAUGCCCCGGUCCCCUAUGCUGGGGAGAUUUGUGCCUUUAAGAUCUACGGUCAGGAUGCUCCGUUCGAGGCAGUGGUGUUGAAUCGCACAUCAGGAGAGGGAGUCGUGCGGGUCAGUAGCCCAGUGGACUGUGAGUCCCAGAAAGAGUAUACCUUCAUCAUCCAGGCCUACGACUGUGGGGCCGGGCCCAGCGGGGCCGACUGGAAGAAAUCCCACAAGGCGGUGGUUCACAUACAGGUGGAUGACGUCAAUGAGUUCUGCCCCGUGUUUCGGGAGCCACUUUACAAGGCAUCAGUAACAGAGGGCAAAAUCUACGACAGCAUUUUGCAGGUAGAAGCUUGGGACCAAGACUGUUCCCCCCAGUACAGCCAGAUCUGUAACUAUGAGAUUGUCACUGCAGGGACGCCAUUUGCCAUUGACCGCAAUGGUAACAUCAGAAACACAGAGCGGCUGAGCUAUGAUAAGCAGCAGAGCUACAAGAUUAUGGUGACAGCCUUUGAUUGUGGUCAGAAGAGAGCAAAGGAGGAUGUGGCUGUGCAUAUUGAUGUCAAGCCUGUCUGCAAACCUGGAUGGCAAGGUUGGAGCAAGCGGGUGGACUAUGAGCCAGGGACUGGAAGCAGGCAGCUGUUUCCCAAGAUGCACUUGGAAACGUGUGGAGGUCCCCUGUCCGGCGUGAAGGCGAUGGUAGAGCUACAGACCAAUCACAUCGGGAAGGGCUGUGAUCGGGAAACAUACUCUGAGAAGUCUCUGCAAAAACUCUGUGGUGCAGCAUCUGGCAGCACCGACCUCCUUCCUGCCCCAAGCUCUUCCUCCAACUGGACGGCGUCUCUGCUGACUGACAGUGGCCGCGACAGCGACCUUAUCUACAGAUUUGACGGACAUCAGGCUGCUAAUGUUCCAGAUCAUGUGGUCCCCCAAAACCUGACAGACCAGGUCACCAUAGCAACAUGGAUGAAACACGGGCCCAGUCCAGGACUCAGAGCUGAGAAGGAAACCUUACUGUGUAACUCUGACAAGACUGAAAUGAACCGCCACCAUUACUCUCUGUAUGUCCACAACUGCCGCCUGGUAUUUCUGCUCAGAAGAGAUUUCACGCAGGUCGACACUUUCAGACCCGCAGAGUUCCACUGGAAACUGGAGCAGAUCUGUGACAAGGAAUGGCACUAUUAUGUGAUCAAUGUGGAGUUUCCUGCAGUGACCCUAUUUGUCGAUGGUGUGACCUAUGAACCGUACUUGGUGACGGAUGACUGGCCGAUCCACACCGCAAAGAUUGAUACACAGUUGACUGUGGGCGCCUGCUGGCAAGGUGGUGAGGUAGCGACCCCAAGGUUCACCCAGUAUUUCCGCGGCAGCCUGUCAGGACUGACAAUCCGACCAGGCCGCAUUGAAACCCAGAAGGUUAUUUCCUGUUUGCAGGCUUGCAAAGAAGGCCUUGAUAUCAACUCCCUUGAAAGCCUUGCUAAGGACAUCAAGUUCCAUUUUAACCCUGCCCAGUCUGUGCUGGUGGUGGAGGGAGAGGAUCUGGACAGCAUCAACACAGCCAUGACUAAGGUCUCCUACAUAAACUCUCGCCAGUUCCCUACACCUGGCCUCCGACGUCUACACAUCACAACCACAGUGCGGUGUUUUGGCGAGGACACGUGUCUCUCCAUCCCAGACAUCAAGUCAGUGGUUAUGGUCCUGCCGCCCAGUGAACCAAGAAUCACCAUCACAGGAUCUAAUCGGCUCGUCAGGCCGUCCAGUGACCUGCGGGGCCCGCUGGGUGUGGCACCUUUCAAAGAGCUUCACAUCACCAGCACAGUAAUGAAGGCAGACAGCUUUGGUGGAUCCCGCAGACCAGGUGUGAUGGAGGUGAUGCAUAACCUGGACUACUGCGAUGUGCUGGUAAUUGGGGAAGAACUGAAUCCUGAGAGAGAGAGUCUGGAGAUUCAUCACAGUGCGUUGUUGGGAAAACACCUGGAUGCCACCAACUCCACCUCUGGAAUAUCAAUAUAUGGUGUGGACUCCAUGGCUCACUAUGAGCAGGCACUGAGACAGGUGCGCUACAGGAACUGGCGACCUGCCACCCUUAGCGAGCGAAGGCUCAGACUCACUUGCUCUGAACUCAAUGGGCGUUACACCAGCAAUGAGUUGAAUUUGGAGGUCAGCGUUCUUCACCACUCAGCUCCUGUGGAACAUGUCAAUCAUAUGGCUGUUCAACCUCAGUACAUGAGACCCGUACAUCACCCACUCAUGAUGCACACUCUGAACACACACAUGUCAGGAGCCGCUCCUCCAGCAGCCACUGUAGUUAUUGUGGUCUGUAUCGCUGCCCUGGUGGUGAUUGUGGUGAUCGGCGUGUACAGGAUCCAUGCCACACAUCAGGAGGGUUCCAGAGACAACGAGGACGGGGCCAAAGACACAGAGGAAGACUGGGACAACUCUCCACUCAACAUCACUGUCAACCCCAUGGAGAACGUAGGAGCUCAAGCAUAUGAUGAGGAGGUAACGGAAGAAGUACAUGAGGAGGAAGAAGAAGAGGAGGAACAGAACAGUGAUGAAGACGGCGGAGAAGUGAAAGACAAGAAGCAGAAGGGAAAACCAGAGUGGGACAGUUGCUCCAUAACAUACUGAGCAAAAAUGCUAAAGAGAUACCUGCACACAUAAUAACUCUUUACGUGUUUGUCUCUCUUGCUUUGACACACACACACAUGCAUAACCUGUGUUAGGAUGUAGGAGUGCAAACACACUGGUGUUUCAUUCAGGAGGUCAGGGUUGAAGUCCUGUGUUGCUGCGUUCCUCCAUCCUCCUUUUCAAUUAUGUAGUUCUUGGUUUAAAAGCCUUUAUCUGCCAUUUUUGACAAUAUAAAGUAUUUAUGCGCUUCUCAGUACUCCCCAUGCACAUACAUACUCACACAUUACUGACUGCCAUAAUGCAUUUUGCCUCUACCUGUCUCGAUUAUGUUAUUAGCGGUUGCUGUGCCGCCUUGUUGUAAAAAAUUCAAGUUAACGUCAUAACGGUUAUCCCCAUGAACAUAUGUAAAUACUUAUGCACACAUGUUAUGCAUGUGGGAGCAAAAGAAGUAUAUGUAUGAAUGUGCAAGUGAAGUAUUCAAUUCUGGCCUAGGCGCACACACACACACUCUAAACGACAUCGCCCUCUGCUGGACUAAGUCAGGACUACAGAAUGAGCUGCAAUCCAUCAUCUGUACCUACAUUGUUAUUCACAUCACAGUCAAGGCAGCAAAAAUCAAACAAGCACAGUAAUAUCUAUGUGCGGAAUUAAAGUUUUGCUGAUAAAAAUAAAUCUAAACUCUUGAAUACAGCCACACAAAUUCUCCAUUUCUUACAUUAACAGAAAUAUUGUAAACUUUUAUCCCAAAAUGUAUUAUGUGCUCAUCUUACUUUCAUAUUUGUUUUCAACAGAUUGUCUGCAAGAUGGUGAGUUAUUAGAUUAUCUGCAAAAUGUACCCAUAGCGAUUAGUUAAUGUAUCCACAAACUUUUUAAAACAUAAUUCCCUGACCUUUAUAGUAGGUAUAACAUAACUGUACUGUCCCUCAGUGUAUGUCUCACCUUUUCGUCCAUGUGACUAUUGUUGUGUUUCUCUAAGAGCAUCAGAGUGGAGGGGUUCUCUGGCUCGGACACUAAAGAGAAACAAAAUACAGAUAUGUCAUUUCUGACCAUAAAUAUUCUAUAUUUGUCCUGAUUUAUAUACAAAGCAGAAUUAUUAACUGUUUAAUAUCUUUCAUCUUUGCUUUUCUCAAAGUUUUUUUUAAAGCUACAACCAUCACUGCUCCAUCAGCUAAAGAGCUGAUGGAAGCAGUUGAUGUGUAAUUCAGACACUC